GACUUGGUUUCACUCUCAAAAAUCACUUUUACAUUUUAUCAAACAAAAUUUUUCUUACAUCUUCUACGGUGCAAAAUCACUUCUCACAAGUGAUCCAAACAGACGUACACAAAUUAACGGCCAUGUAUAUAUGCUGUGUCUAUGGAAUAUAAUUUCAAGUUCAAGUCGAUGGCUUGCGCAAUCAAAGAAGAACUAUCUGGAACGUCUGGAAGCAAAGUCAUCAGUGCAUAAUAAUAUGGAAUUUGGGACCAACUUAGGUAAGAGAAAUAAAGGCUGUUUUGACAAAUUAGAACAGGUGUUACAAGAAUCUCAACUGCAAGAGUCGUAUUACCACACUGUCAACCUCUCCAUAUCUAUCCAUCUUCAUGCACGGAACCAUUCUCCAUCGAUGUCCAUUUCACAACUUACUCACUCACUGAUCAGUACUAGUCCUUACAGUUCAUCCCCAGAACAAAUGCCUUUGCUUACAUCAUCCUUCUUUAUUUCCCUUUAUUUGUCACAUUCUCCUCCGCAUUAUGCAACAUUAAGACCACUAAUUAUUUGGCCACUCACUUUAUGAAAAACACACCAACACCCACAAAUUAUAUACAUAUGAUUGAAGUGUAUGUUGUAUGUAUUUAACAAAAUAUUAAAUAAAUAAUAGCACUUCUUCUCCUCUCUUGACUCGCACGUCUAAUCUUUCUAAUGGGUUUGAGAAUUUUGAAAUCUCAGUGUGGAUUCAAAUAUUUUAUAUUUGGACAAAGUAAGAGUUUCACAUAUUUAAGCCUAUCCUGUGAGAUGGAACUCGUGGGAAAGUGGUUUUAAUUGGUAGAUAUUAUUAGAUAGCUAGCAAGAAAAGGAUAUACAAGACAAAAACCGAAACGUACAAACAAAAUGGAAUAAUUAGAAAGACCUUGUCAGAGGCAUAUUCUAAAGCAAUUUGCUGUUCUUGCCACAAAAAUGAGCCCACUAUGAAAAGAACCUCCCUGUGCCCACUGAGUUUAAUUACCUAGACUACACCACGGCCUUGCACUUCCUCUUUCUUUCAUCUAUGGCUCAGACCAUUCAUAUGGUAUAAAGCUAAAAAAAAAUUACGUUGGGAUAAGGAGAUAUUGGGAAGAAUAUUUAGCAAUUCCACUUCUCCUAGUUGACUAUUUAAUAAUUCUUAGCAAGUCCACUAACAGAGGCAGUGACACUUCUGACCUCUUUCUAUCAAGCCUAUAAAUACCACGCCCAUGCUCUUACUCGAUCACAAAUCAACCUUGAUUAGUUCGCGUGUCAGCUCUAAAGAAACAAUGGGACUUCUUCCUCAUUGAGUCUUUUUUUCAAGGGUAGAAUCCUCAUUGAGUCUGUCUUCUCUUAAUUUGUUAGCGGUUAAUUAUCUAUUCUUCUCUAUUUAGAGUUCUUCAUUAUUCACCAUGACCAUCUCUACGGUAAUCUGCAGACUAACACAACCCUUGCUAAAUAUUUCUUCUGUAAGCUCAAAAAUAAACGUUACCACUCUUCCGCGGCAGAAGGAGAAGGUUGUGUUGGUGAUGGGGGCCACCGGCGCCGGAAAGUCCAGGCUCUCCAUCGACCUCGCCAGACGUUUUCCUGCGGAGAUCAUCAACUCUGAUAAAAUGCAAGUGUACGAAGGACUCGACAUAGUGACAAACAAGAUCACUGAGAAAGAGCAACGUGGUGUUCCUCACCAUUUACUAGGAACGCAGAAUCCAAACUCGGAAUUCACGGCUACCAAUUUCUGUGAGAAGGCCUCACUAACCAUUGAGACAAUUAGGAGUCGCGGAAAGCUCCCGAUCAUCGUCGGAGGCUCUAUUUCGUUCCUGGAGGCUUUAAUCGACGACGACGACGACUAUAAAUUCCGAUCAAGGUACGAUUUCUGUUGCCUCUGGGUGGACGUGGGCAUGCCCGUUCUUCAUUCGUACGUGGCAGAACGGGUGGAUGAGAUGUUCAAGAAAGGAAUGGUGAACGAAUUGAGGGCUUUUUUCAAUCCAAAAGGGGACUAUUCACGAGGAAUCAGGAAGGCAAUCGGAGUUCCCGAAUUUGAUGAAUAUUUUCGGAGGGAAACACAGGCGGAUGAGGAAACGAGGCAGAGGUUGUUGGAAGAAGCGCUGAGGGAGAUGAAGGACAACACGCAGAAAUUGGCGGGAAAACAGCUGGGGAAGAUCCAGAGCUUGAGGAACAUGAAGAGAUGGAAAAUACAGCGCGUGGACGCCACAUCGGCGUUCCGAAAGCGCGGGGAAGAAGAAGAGGCGAAUGAGGAGUGGAGGAAGAUGGUGGCGGAGCCAAGCGCGAUGAUCGUCGCUCAGUUCCUUCUCAACUUGAAAACCACGACGAAGAGUGGCGUGGCAGGAGGGCUGAGAUUGCCAUCGCUGGAGAGCGCCAUUGCUUCGUCUUCUCAUCUUCAGCCGCUGGGGGCACACUCGUGUCCUGUGUGAUGACUGACGAAUUUUGACCCCCUUUUAAU